UGUGCCUCUAUAUAUAUACCACUUUCUCAUUCGUUUCACCUCACUUCCAAUAACAAGCACCAUCUUCUUCUUCUUCUUCUUCUACUUCUUCUUCUACUUCUUCUUCUUAUUCUUCUUCUUCUUCUUCUUCUUUCUAAACCAUCUCAUAUUCUCAUAACAUACCUUUAUCGUUCCUUCUGUGAUCACCAUGCCUGAGGCUCCCAGAGGCUCUAACAUAGAGUAUGACCUUGCAGAAAAGAACAGGGAGAUUCUGAACUUCAUAGAGGAUGUCACUGCUAACGCAGAUGAAGUUCAGAAGAGGGUUCUUUCUGAAAUUCUGUCCCGCAAUGCAAACGUUGAGUACCUGCGACGACACGGUUUGAAAGGCCAAACCGACCGCGACACCUUCAAGAACCUUCUCCCUGUCAUUACCUACGAGGAUGUCCAACCUGACAUUAACCGCAUCGCCAAUGGUGACACCUCUCCAAUUCUCACCUCCAAACCCAUCACGGAGUUUCUCACCAGCUCUGGGACAUCAGGGGGUGAGAGAAAAUUGAUGCCAACAAUUGAGGAAGAGCUAGGGAGGAGGUGUAUGUUGUACAGUCUGUUGAUGCCAAUAAUGAGCCAGUUUGUUCCAGACCUAGAAAAAGGAAAAGGAAUGUAUCUGAUGUUCAUAAAAUGUGAGUCCAAAACACCUGGAGGAAUAGUGGCUCGUCCAGUUCUCACAAGCUACUACAAGAGUCCCUACUUUAGGGAUAGACCCUACGACCCUUAUACAAACUACACAAGCCCAAAUGAGACCGUCCUCUGUCCUGAUUCCUACCAAAGCAUGUACUCCCAACUCCUUUGUGGCCUUUGCCAAAACAAAGAGGUUUUAAGAGUGGGGGCCAUCUUUGCCUCUGGCUUCAUUCGUGCCAUUCGCUUCCUGGAGAAACACUGGACCCUCCUUUGCAAUGAUAUCAGAACAGGAACUGUCAACCCUCUCAUAACUGACACGUCAGUCAGAGAGGCUGUGAUGAGGAUCCUACAGCCUGAUCCGAAGCUUGCGGAUAUGAUUCACAGGGAGUGUAGCAAGGGGUGUUGGCAGGGGAUUAUUACCAGGCUUUGGCCCAAUACAAAGUAUGUGGAUGUUAUUGUGACGGGUACUAUGGCACAAUACAUUCCCACUUUGGAUUACUACAGCAAUGGCCUUCCCCUUGUGUGCACCAUGUACGCUUCUAGUGAGUGUUACUUUGGUGUUAACCUCAACCCUCUUUGCAAACCUAGCCAAGUCUCUUACACCCUCAUCCCCACCAUGUGUUACUAUGAAUUCCUACCCGUCAACCGAACCAUUGACCUCACUCUACCUUCUAGACCAUCACCAACAUCUCUCAAUCACGCACAAUUGCUCGAGCUUGCUGAUGUCAAACUUGGUCAAGAAUAUGAGCUCGUUGUCACAACUCAUGCUGGGCUUUAUCGGUAUAGAGUGGGAGAUAUACUAAGGGUGACAGGAUUCAAGAACAAGGCCCCACAGUUUAGCUUUGUGUGCAGAAAGAACGUUGCCCUGAGCAUAGAUUCUGACAAGACUGAUGAGGUUGAGCUGCAAAACGCAAUGAAGAAUGCAGUGACACACCUGGUUCCAUUUGAUGCACACGUGAGUGAGUACACCAGCUACGCAGACACCAGCACAAUCCCGGGACACUAUGUGUUGUAUUGGGAGCUAAGCCUGAACGGGUCAACCCCUAUUCCACCAUGCGUGUAUGAAGAUUGUUGCCUAACAAUUGAGGAGUCAUUGAACAGUGUGUAUCGCCAGGGUCGUGUCUCGGACAAAUCAAUAGGACCCCUUGAGAUCAAGAUUGUGGAACAGGGCACCUUUGACAAACUCAUGGACUAUGCCAUUAGCUUAGGUGCGUCAAUUAACCAGUACAAGGCACCAAGGUGUGUAAAGUUUGCUCCUAUGGUGGAAUUGUUGAACUCAAGGGUAACAUCCAACUAUUUUAGUCCCAAGUGUCCUAAGUGGGUUCCGGGACACAAACAGUGGAUUCAUUGUAAUUGAAGAAUCUAAACGUGCACAUUGUAUAUGUGUUGUUGUUGGUAGCUUUCAUGCCACUUUGCAUGCAAUGUUUCUAUAGGAGGAUUAAUAAUUCUAUGUUGGAUUUUUACUUUAUCA